AUGGCCCUCAAGUGGCACCCGGACAAGAACCCGGACAACAGGGACGCCGCGGAGCGCAAGUUCCAGGAGAUCUCGCACGCGUACGACGUGCUGUCAGACCCGCAGAAGCGGCGGAUGUACGACCAGACCGGGGACGAGAGCGGGCGCGGCAUGGGCGGGGGCGGCGGGGGCCCCGGCGGGUUCCGGGCCAACUUCGGGCGGGGCGGCGGGAAGGACUAUUUCAAGAUGUUCGAGGACAUGUUUGCGGAGCACUUCGGGGCGGACGCGGGGGGCGGUGAGCGCCGCGGACGUGCUGCGCGUGCUGCGCGCGACCGGGCCUGCCGCAGCGGUCCGACGGGCCGCGGUUGUCUGUUUGUGCGCAGGGGGUGCGGGCGGGGCUGGGUCGGGUUUCAAGUUUCAUUUUGGGGGGGCGGGGGUGACAGCGGGUUCGACUUCGGGGGCGGGGACUCGUUUUUCGGGAACAUGGGCGGGCGGCGGAGGAGGCCGGGCGGGAUGGGCGGGUUCGGCGGCGGGGCGGGCGGCGGGCGGCAGCGGCAGCGCGAGACGGCCGACCUGUUCACCGAGGGCGACGUGACGGAGCUGAAGAUGGAGACGUUCCCGGACGGGGCGCGCGAGCAGUCCCCCUGGAUGUUCGCGUUCUACUCGCCCGCGGAGGAGGAGAGCGUGGCGUUCGUGUCGACGUUCAGCAAGCUGGCGACGCACCUGGUGCCGUUCGGGGUCAAGGCCGGUGCGGUGAACUGCGAGAAGCACAAGGCGCUGUGCCGGCGGCACAAUGUCGCGCUGCGCAGCCUGCCGGCCGUGAAGGGGUUCAUCGGCCCGCAGCGCCCCGCCGGCGGGGCGGUGCGGCGGUCGAGCGCCACCAAGCUGGAGAGCUACGCGGGCGCGCUGGAGGCCAAGGCGAUCAAGCCGUGGAUCCUGGGACUGAUUCCGAACGUGGUGCUGCGCGUCACGGACCGGAAGACGCUGGACGCGGCGCUGAUGUCGGGGCGGCCUGCGGUGGGGCAGCGGAGCGCGGAGUGGUUCGUGUCGAUGGUGCUGCUCACGGAGAAGAGCGACGCGCCGCACCUGUACCGCGCGCUGGCGUACAAGUACCGGAACCUGGUGCACUUCGCGGCGGCGACGGGCGCCGAGGCGCGGAAGAUCGCCGCCGAGGUGGGGGAGGGCCAGGUGCCGAGUUUGGUGGCGUUCUGCUACGGGGAGGAGAAGCUGCGGGUGGCGCACAAGGGCGACAUGUCCGCCGCGUCGCUGGACAUGUUCAUCACGGAUUUCAGGGGCGGGAGGCGAUGCCAACGCAUCUUCCGGAAGACGGGCAAGGGCGGGAAAGACGAGCUGUGA